CCCCCCCCCCCCCCCCCCCCCCCCCCCCCCCCCCCCCGCCCCCCCCGCCCGCCCCCCCCAUGUGGGGGAGAUCCUUUUAGGAUUUUGAUAAAAAACUUGGUCAAACACCCACAUUUGUCCAGCUUUUCAAGCGCUUUUGAAUGUAUUGCUCGAAAACAUUCUGCCGUUCAUAUGAACUGAGCUGUUAAAGUGUGAAGGAGACGCACUGAAUCAAAGUUUUGAAGUUAAAUUCGGUAGUCUAGUACACGGCAAGAAAAUUUGUGUCCAAAAACGCGUCCACGAAAAAGUAUACUAAAAAAAGCGACGACAAAAAUAAGUCCACAAAAAUUCGUCAAAGCAUAGUAUUUAAGUGCAUACUGCACAGAUGACUCGUUUCACUGCACUAGCUUAUCUCGGAAACGACUGAUAUGUUGCGAUGGUGAAUCGGUCCAACAGAUCAGGCGUGCUUCCAUCAUAUAGUGCGUUUCAAAGCUGAGUAAAAUAUUAUUUAGAAAUCUUUUCAAAUUUUGCUUUUCCAUGUAAAAAGAAACAACGCAAAGAAACGAAAAAAUUCAUCCAGAAAAGAAAAACGUCUAACAAAAAAGCAUAAAGCAUACCAAGAUGUGACGAAAAUACCGCCCACUAAAAAGCCUCAACUUUUGGACGCUUUUUUUUGCCCUGUAGUCCAGUAUUCCGUACAUAACACGACAAAAAACCUGGUAUCUCAGCAACCAAAGGUCGUGGAGAGCGGUCUGACCGCUCAUUUUACUCAAAACUGAGUAGGCUGUCGAAUGGCAGAUUCAAGGAACUUUGAUUGGUAUAGAAAAUGGCAAGAUGAUUAUCAGACCCUAUUUAAACUAGCCAUGCACCCGUUAUAACUGACCAUUUUUCUGCAACGAAUUGUAUGAAGUGUACGCAUAUUAAAAACUUUUUUUUAACAACUGGGUUUUGUAGAGCCGACAUUUUUCUACAAGAAACCUUCAUAUUAUCUAUUUCUGCCGUAAUUACUUUUCGACGACGAGCCUUAAAUCGGCUAUAACCGAUCAUGGGACUUUCAAGAAAUCUUCUUUUUAUAAGUACCCGAUCAAGCCAACGAAUACUCUCAACUUAUAGUAAAAUGUUUGCUUUACAAAACCCAGUUGUUAGAAAAAGUUUAGAAAAUCGAUUUUCGCUGGGAAAAUAUUUUUUCCAAAAAUACACACAAUUUCAGUCGGUUAUAAACGGUGCACGCUUAAUUUAAACAUGAUUUUCCGCUUUGCGUUAACACAGAUAUAGUGUUUAUAGAAAAAGGAAAAAAUGUUAAAAGUCUCGGUAAAAUUCCCACAACAGUUAAGAAUUUUGUUAAUUGUACCAAGUAAAAAUCUUAUGUUUUACUGGCGAUUAUAUGAAAAACAGAAGAUUUGCUAUCACUUUCGAUAAAAACCUCGCUAAGUCUGUGUCGCCCAAACACAUCUCAAGUUCUAUCUCUCCAUGAUGUUGAAACUUUUAUAGAGUAAUAUUUUUUCAUCCCAUACAUGGGUCUUCUAUUUAAAAAGGGUUUCAACUUACGUACAUAAAAUCAAUGUAAACGCGGUACACUCGUGGGAAAAGAUACAAUAUCAAGUCAUGAGAUUCUAUAGUUCGUGAAUGGCAUAAGUGAUGGUCUUUUCUAUCAGUGCUGUAUCACUACUUUACAUUGCUAAGAAUGCCAUCGUAUUAAUUCAGGCAGUGUACCAUUUCAUAGUACAACAAGCACUAGUUAUUCUCAACGAAGUGGAGGUGGACAACAACCUCAUACCUCAAAUAAAAAAUCACUGACACAAAAGUAUUUUCUUUGGCUUCAACCGUGUGAAAUUUGGUGUUUAUUACGAAAAAAGACGCAGUAUGGUUCUACUUUAUAUGAUUGCGUUAAAUCAGCACUAGAGAAUCCAGAUUCUUCUAUUGGUCUGUAUGCUCCAGAUCCAGAGUGCUAUGAUGUAUUUCGUUGUCUGUUUUGGCCGGUUAUUAUGGACUAUCAUAAAGUUGACGUUCGAACUUUGACAUUUAAACAUAACUUUGGAAAUCCCGAUGAUCUGCCUGAUUUAUCAUCGCAAUUGAACGAAAUGAUUGUAUCCACACGAGCUAGAGUUGGACGAACAAUAGCCGGUUUCCCGAUGACGGCUAAAUUGACAGUUGAUCAGCGACUUGAAUUAGAAGAUAGAAUAAAAAGUGCUCUACAAGAUUUGGAUGGUGAUUUAGCUGGUGAAUAUAAAUCAUUAAAAGAUAUAAGUGAAAAUGAACAAGCACAAUUAAGAGAAAAGCAUAUUCUAUUUCAAGAAUCCAACGAUCGACACUUAGAAAGUGCUGGUGGUUAUUUAAAUUGGCCAGUAGGCCGUGGUGUCUACGUAAGCCGUGAUGAAAAUUUUAUUGUUUGGGUAUGUGAAGAAGACCAUAUUCGCAUUAUUUCAUUAUCGAAUCAUGCCAAUAUGCGUGAAGUCUACGGUCGUCUGACACGUGCAGUCGAAACAUUAAAUAAAAGAUUAGAUUUUGUUCAGCAUCAACGUUUAGGUUUUCUUACAUUCUGUCCGACAAACAUUGGCACAGCAUUGCGUGCAAGUGUUCAUGUGUGCAUACCACGUUUGGAAAAAAGUGGUGAAUUAAACGAAUUCGCUAAUAAAUUUAAUAUUCAAGUACGAGGAACGGGUGGUGAACACACAGAAGCCAAAGGAAGUAUAUAUGAUUUAUCCAACAGUGUUCGAUUAGGAAAAAGUGAGAAAGAUUUGAUCAUGGAAAUGUGGCGGGGUAUCGAAGCGAUAUUAGAAAGAGAAGCGAAGAGUCAGUAG